AACCCUCGCCCUUUCCCCCCCACUAACACCACCUUCUCCUCCGGCGAUCUCACUUUUUCUCUCUAAAACUCUCUCUCUCUAAAAUUUUUGUUACUAAAAAGACUGAAACUUCAUCUUUCAAGAACUCAAAUUAUGAACUAGAUCCUAAAUAUUUAGCUAAAAUAUCAACUGGGUCAUAUUUAUUGUUUUGGGUUCUUUACUAAAGUUGCAGAAACGCUGCAUUGUUGGCGUCUACAAUGGAUCGUAGGAGUUGGCCUUGGAAGAAGAAAUCAUCAGAUAAGACAACAAGUGAGAAACCUGCAGCCCUUAUUGUGGAGUCACCAUCUGCCCCUUCAGAGUCAACUGAAUCUAAGGUUGAACAGAGUAAACAGGAAAUCAAAAAACCGAAAUAUGUGCAAAUUUCUGUUGAAUCUUAUUCACAUUUGACUGGACUGGAGGAUCAAGUUAAGUCUCUCGAGGAACAAGUGAAUGGCUUAGAGGAUGAAGUCAAGGAUUUGAAUGAAAAGUUGUCUGCUGCGCAGUCAGAAAUGACUAAUAAGGAGAACUUGGUGAAACAGCAUGCUAAAGUUGCUGAAGAAGCUGUCUCAGGCUGGGAGAAGGCUGAGUCAGAAGCUGCGACACUGAAAAAUCACCUGGAAUCCGUCACACUUUUGAAGCUUACUGCUGAAGACAGGGCAUCACAUUUGGAUGGUGCAUUGAAGGAGUGCAUGCGGCAGAUACGGAAUUUGAAAGAAGAGCAUGAACAGAAGCUGCAUGAUGUGAUUCAGAAUAAAGCCAAACAGUUUGACAAAAUGAAGCAUGAGUUCGAAGCAAAGAUAGCUAACUUGGACCAACAGUUACUCAGGUCUGCAGCAGAAAACUCUGCACUGUCGAGGUCUUUGCAGGAGCGUUCUAGCAUGGUGAUACAGCUCAGUGAAGAAAAAGCCCAAGCUGAAGGAGAAAUAGAGAUGUUGAAGAGCAAUAUUGAGUCAUAUGAAAGGGAAAUAAAUUCUCUGAAAUAUGAACUCCAUAUUAACUCAAAGGAACUAGAAAUUCGUAAUGAGGAGAAAAAUAUGAGUGUACGGUCUGCCGAAGUUGCAAAUAAGCAACACCUGGAGGGAGUGAAAAAAAUUGCAAAAUUGGAAGCAGAGUGUCAGAGAUUACGUGGUCUUGUCCGGAAGAAGUUGCCUGGGCCUGCAGCCUUGGCCCAAAUGAAGCUUGAGGUUGAGAGUUUGGGUAGAGAUUAUGGGGACAGCCGUGUAAAGAAAUCCCAAGGAAGGCCUUCUAGUCCACAGUUUUCCAGUUUGCCAGAUUUUUCAUUUGAUAGUGUGCAGAAGUUCCAUAAAGAGAAUGAGCAACUAACGGAACGCCUUUUGGCUAUGGAGGAGGAAACAAAGAUGCUGAAAGAAGCUUUGGCACACCGGAAUAGUGAAUUACAAGCGUCCAGGAGUCUUUGUGCAAAGACGUCCAGCAAGCUUCAAAACUUGGAAGCACAGCUGCAAGCAAAUGUUGAACAGAAAAGCCCACAAAAGUCCACAAUUCGACGACAGCCUUCUGAAGGUUCCUUUAUCCAUGAAGCAAAUCAUCUUCCACGAUUGACUUCCAUGUCCGAAGAUGGAAAUGACGAUAAUGUUAGUUGUGCUAGCUCUUGGACGACAGCAUUAAUGUCUGAACUCUCCCAUGUCAAGAAGGAAAAGAACUUUGACAGUCCACAUAAAUCUGAAAGUGCAAGCCACCUGGAUCUCAUGGAUGACUUUUUGGAGAUGGAGAAAUUAGCUUAUCAGUCCAGUGACACAAAUGGAUCAGUUUCAAGUCCAGAUAUUCCAAAUAAUGCAAGACCAGAAACUACAAAAGUUGACAACUCCAUACAUGUCACCAUAACCCCAGAUUCUCAGCUGAAAGAACACAAUGAGACAAGUGUAUCAGGAAAUCAAGAAUCUCGCAAAAAGGAAGUAUCAUCACAAAGUCAUCAACCUCUUUCAGAUACAUCCAUAUCCAUGAAGCUCCAAUCAAGAAUUUCAACGAUUUUGGAGUCUUUGUCAAAGGAAGCUGACAUUCAAAGAAUUCAAGAGGAUCUCAGAGAGAUUGUGCAGGAAAUGCGCAAUGCUGUCGUACCACAAUCAACUAAGAGCAUUGUUGAGAUAACUCUUUCCUCUAUGACUGCUACUGAAUCUCAGCCCUCUCUUGAUGAUGGUGAGGCAAACUUAGAAAAGGAAAUUCCUGUCUCAGAAGAUAGUAAGUCAUGCAAUGAGUCUGUCCAUGGUAUUAGCAAAGAAUUAGCAGAUGCUAUGUCUCAAAUUCAUGACUUUGUACUCUUUCUGGGCAAAGAAGCAAAGGCUAUCCAGGGAACAGCUCCUGAUGGAAGUGGAAUCAAUGAAAAAUUAGAUGAUUUUUCGGCCACUUAUGUUGAGGUAAUAAGCAGCAGGUUGAGUAUGGUGAAUUUUGUCCUUGAUCUCUCUCAUGUACUGAGUAAUGCGAGCCAACUACACUUCAAUAUACUUGGUUACAAGAAUUCUGAAACAGAAAUAAGUACUUCUGAUUGCAUAGACAAGGUUGCUUUACCAGAAAAUAAAGGUCUUCAGCACUCAGGAGAGAUAUAUGCAAAUGGUUGUGCUCAUUUUUCUGAUUCGACUUCUGAUCCAGACAUUCCUCAUGAAGGAAGCCUUGUUCCUACUUCAGAGUCAGCAUCAACCUCUUUGAAGUGCUCGUUGGAGGAGGUUGAACAAUUGAAACUAGAGAAAAACAAUAUGGCUCUUGAUCUUGCUAGAUACUCUGAGAACCUGGAGAGCUCGAAAUCCCAAUUGGCUGAGACUGAGCAGGUUCUAGCAGAGGUUAAGUCACAAUUGGUAUCUGCUCAAAAGGCAAACAGUUUGGCUGAAACUCAGCUCAAAUGCAUGGCAGCGUCAUAUAACUCACUUGAAACUCGGACUGACGAAUUGCAAACUGAAGUCAACCGUCUUCAGGGUAAGAUAGAAAGUCUUGAUAAUGAGCUUCAAGAGGAAAAGAAGAGCCACCUGGAUACUUUAGCUAGUUGCAAGGAUCUCGAAGAGCAACUACAAAGGAUGGAGAGUGCUGCUGAUCUUGAUGCUAAGACCAACCAGGAGAAAGAGUUAACAGCUGCAGCAGAGAAGCUGGCUGAGUGUCAAGAAACCAUAUUUCUUCUCGGGAAACAGUUGAACUCUUUGCGUCCUCAGACAGAGUUUAUGGGGUCUCCGUACAUCGAUAGAAGUUCAAAAGGUGAAGGCUUUCGGGAAGAAUCGACAACCACUAGCAUGAACAUCCAUGACAAUGAUCUUGCUGAGAUGGACAGUGCCAGUUCCGUAAAAGCAACUUGUGAGUCCCCUGCGGAUAUAUAUAAUGUGUCAUAUAGUCCCUCGGACACUGAAGUAACCAAUCCAUUGAGAUCACCAAUCAGCUCAAAGUCUCCUAAACACCGGCCUACUAAGUCUGGCUCUUCAUCAUCUGCUGGCCCUACACCUGAAAAACAAUCUCGUGGUUUCAGCCGAUUCUUUUCUUCUAAGGGAAAGAACGGAUCUUAGUUUGCGGCUUGCAGGCUUCGUAUGCCACAUUAAUAAAAGAUUCGAAGGGCAGCAACACAUUGACUUGACUACUGUAGAUAAUGAGGUACACCUUGUCAGUUUGCUUCAUUGCAACUCUUCAUGAGGGUAUUUCACACUUUGGAAAUUCCCCUAUUUUGGCCUUGUUGAGGCUAAAAUAAAAGGUUAUACAAGAAAAAAUCAUUUCUCUGGUUCAUCAUUAGCAGCUUAUGUGUUGUUUUUUUUUUUAAAUUUUGUGUAGUGAAGUUCUUAAAAUAUUUGUACACAUUAGCUCCUUGAAAUUACACAAUGAAGAAGCCAUUUUGUAUGUUUUUUCUUGUAUGAAAAGAUGUUUUGUGAUUACUAUAAAA